AUGGCUUCUACAUUCCCCUUCUUUUCAUUAUCGAUAUUGGCAUUGCUGCUUACACUAGCCAGUGCUGUGGCUCCCAUUGUCGAUGUCUCAUACAGCAAGUACAGAGGAAAGGACAAUGGGAACGGAGUCACGAGCUGGCUCGGUAUGAGAUAUGCGGCGCCGCCUAUCGGUGAUCUGAGGUUCAUGCCGCCUCAGGAUCCCAUAAUGUCGCGACAAGUCAAAAACGCAAGCAAGAAACUCAGAGUUGACCACCCCUCGCAGUUCAGGCUCAAGUGCGUCGGCUUGGCAGCAAGACCGAGUUUGAUCGGCAAAUCUCAGUCGGAAGAUUGUCUGUUCAUCAAUGUAUUUGCACCCACAGAUGCUGCCAGAAAGGCCAGGCUUCCAGUCUAUGUCUUUAUCCUAGGAGGCGGAUUCAACGUCAACUCAAAGCCAACUGUUGACGGUACUGGACUCAUUCAGGCAUCUGGCAUGAAAAUGAUCGUCGUGACACUCAACUAUCGAGUGUCUGUCUUUGGCUUCUUAUCAUACGGCGAUAAGGUGCAGCCCAACAUCGGCCUUCUUGACCAAAGAAAGGCAUUGCAGUGGGUACAGAGAUAUAUCUCAAGGUUUGGAGGAAACCCAAAACACGUUGUCCUAGGCGGUAACUCAUCUGGCGCCGCCAGUGUAGCCUUCCACAUGACCAUGUAUGGUGGUAGGGAUGACAAGCUGUUUCAUGCCGCUUCGGCUGAGUCCAUCUCAUCGUCGCCCAUUGUUACUAUGUAUGAAGCUGCCUACAGAGCAAACAGCAUCAUGACCAAACUGGGCUGUACUGAUGGGGACGCAAUGGCAUGUAUGCGGAACAAAACAGUUUACGAAAUAUCGGCCGUUAACACAAACUAUCUGGCUCCAGGAAGUACAAAGACUCCUAUUAGUAUGUGGAUGCCUAUCGUCGAUGGAGAGGUGGUAAGGAGUGGGCUGUGGGACGCUUUCAACCAAGGCAACUUUGUCAGAGUACCUACCAUAAUCGGUGCGACAACCAAUGAGGGCAUCGGCUUCUCCCCAACUGUAUCGUCUCAGUCAGAGGCUACCGAUUUCUGGCAGGCCGAGUACCCCAAGAUGAACUCGACUCAUGUGGCUAGUAUCAAUGCCUUGUACUCCGACCUGACUGCCAGUUGCAACAACGCUAGUUGCUUGACAAAACAGUUAAAGGACGCGUACGGCGACAUGCGAUUUAUGUGCUCUGGUCUUUUUUUCACGAGCGCAAUGUCGUUCUGGAUGCCUGGCAAAACAUGGAGUUAUUGGUAUGAUGUGGAGGAUGCACCAGGAAAGGGUGUGCCUCAUUGCGCUGAAAUGCAUGCCAUAUGGGGAACGGGGAGGGCAAGUAGCGGAACAUUGUCGAGUUUCUUAGCCGGGGGCACUAAUAUGAACACUACAGUGGUUGUUCAAGGAUAUUGGAGCAGUUUCAUACGAUCUUAUAACCCCAAUACGUAUCAGUAUGCAAAUGCCUCAACAUGGCAGGCUUACUCGAAGGCCCAAAAGCAACGAAUGCAAGCUUACUAG